ACCAAAAGCUGUGAUCAGUGCAAUGAGCGUGUAGGCUGCCUGCUGUAAGGCGCGUACAGUAUAAUCAUCGGCCGCACUGCGCGAUUCUUGCGACUCCAGAGGCAGGUGUCGCGCUGCGAGGGGACGCUGCUAUCGUGGCGCUACUUGAUACCCCUACAGUGAGCCGCAUUGUGCCCGUCAACCGCUUCGUCGAUCGCUUUGCCGUCGAACUACAGGAACUAGUGCUUCCUCCGUCAGCUCCUCGGCCGUUGCUUGAUCAUUCCUCCUCUCCUCGCUAAUCUCCCAUCCCGUCUCUUAAUUUCUCGUGUCGUGAUCAUCCAUCCCCUAACUUGUGCCCCCGGUACCGCGAUCGGCAACUAUUCCGUUCGCCCUUGUGGGGAAAUAUCCCCCUCGCGAGCUUGCGCGGUAUCUCGGGAAUUCCUACCUUACCUUGAAUGCCAUUGCAACCGCAGUAUCUCUUGACGUGGCGCUAGGGCUGGGUGCUACCGUAGUCGACUCAAAAUUCAACCGCAACGAUAUGACCUAGCGGGGCCAGGCCAGCCAGUUCCACUCCGCGCCAAGCAGGAAUUGAGGAGCUCCGCGCGUGUAAAGCACCUUGCGCCAGGCAGUAGGGCCGGUAGCAGCGCGGACUGCAGCAGAAGCAAGCAGGGACUGCUAGCUAGCUGUUCGCAAAGUAUAUUAUUGAAUCGCCGUUUCGGCGGUGCUCGUCUUUCUCGGAGUCCGUUUAUCUCGGACGCCGCCUAUAAGCAGCACCCUCAAGCCAAGUCUCCGCGGAAGAGACGGAGAGGAGGUGGAGAGGGGGCGGAGAGGAGGCGGAGAGGAGGCGGAGAGCAGCAGUGCUGGCACAUUGGCUUGGCUUGGCCCGUGGGGAGUAGAGCACUAGCCUACACUCGGGAACUGGGGGUUUUAAAAGCCCCGGUUAGGAAGCAGCAGAACCGCCGACAGCAGCACCGACAGCAGCACCGACAGCAACACCGACAGCAGCACCGACAGCAGCAGGCAGCAGGCAGCAGGUGUAGUUCACAAAUCAGAAAACGCGCGUGUGGGCGCAGGGAUAGGGCAGCGGAUGAGGGAAGGCGGCAGAGGGAAGGCGGCGGUAGAAGGGAGGUGGGCAGAUGUGAAGCGGUGAGAGUGGACAGGUAGAGGGUUUGACGCGCGCGCGCGCUCGCGUGUGUGUGUAGUGUGAGUAGUGCAUGCUUCCAGUGGCAAUGGAUGAGGGUGGUGGUGGCGGUGGCGGCGGUGUGAUGCAAGUGAGCUUCACGGACAUGCACGAUUUCAAGGCGCUCGUCUCGCUGCAAGACGCUAUAGUGCUCAACCAGGUGGAGAAGCGGGCGCAGGAGCAGAGCCGCGUGUGGUGGAGCCACGAGGCGAACCGGGGCCCGCACUGGUUCCACGUGGAGGACGGCACGCAGGCCGCACGCACCCAGGCCGCCAUCGCCACCACUGCAUCCCUCCACACCACAUCGCUCCUCCACUCCCACUCCAACUCCCACUCUCUAUCUCACAUUCCCUCUCACUCUCACUCCCAUUCGCACUCGCUCUCUCACACGUACUCAGACCCGAGCUCGCAUUCUCGCGGCUUGUCUGCCGCGUCGCUGUCUCGCAGCGAGGCUUCUAGUAGGGAAGGCUCCGCCCACGGGCCUGCUCCUCUCUCUGCUUCCUCCUCCGCGCCCUCUCUGCCUUAUCCUGCCAUUGCUCCCACCAAUACCAGCACUACCGCUACCACCACCACUACUAUUGGCACUGGCACUGGCACUGGCACUGGCGAUGGCUCUUGCUGUACUAGCACUAGUGCUUCAGUCAGCACCUCGUCCGAUCCUCCCCCUGUAACUGCACCAGAGCGUCUUCCCUCCUCCGCCACUUCCUCCCAUCAAGAUCCUUCCUCCUUCUCCUCCUCCUCCCCACCCUUGGCGUGCUGUUUAACUGCCUCCUCCUCCUCCCCUCUCCUCUCCUUCCCCACUAACAACGCCGUCUCCUCUACCCCUUCCUCCUCUUCCUCCGCCUCCUCCUCCCUCCACCCCCGCGCCUCCUCCUCCUCCUCCCCAUCCCCCUACAGGCCCUCUGCCUCUCCCCUCCACACACGCCCCCACGCAUCCUCCGUCCCUUCCCGCCACUCCGCCUCCCCGCUCCGCCCCUCCCGCCACUCCGCCUCCCCCCUCCGCUCCCGCCACUCCGCCUCUCCACUCCGCUCCCGCCCCUCCUCCUCCUCCUCCCGGCCCUCCUCCCGCUCCUCCUCCUCCUCCUCCUCGCGGCCCUCGUCCUCCUCCGGCGCCUCAUCACUGACCAGCUUCGCGUUUGGCAGCGGGGCCGUGUCCUCGUCCACCCUAAAGCGCCUGAUAAGGAAGGGCAUUCCGCCGCACCUGAGGGCGCGCGUGUGGAAGGCGGUGUCGGGGGCAGGGCGCAAGCAGGCGGUGGCGCCGGUGGACUACUACAACUGGCUCGUGGGGGAGACCGCAGGGAAGGAGACGGACCACACGCUGCAGAUCGACAAUGACCUGCACCGCACGUUCCCAGGGCACCCGCGCAUGGACACAGCAGAGGGGCUGGCAGCGCUGCGCAGAGUGCUGGUGGCGUACUCGUUCAGAGACACUCACGUGGGGUACUGCCAGGGCAUGAACUACAUGGCGGCGUACCUGCUGCUGGUGAUGCGCAGCGAGGAGGACGCGUUCUGGAUGCUGGCGACGCUGGUGGAGAACGUGCUGUACGACGACUGCUUCGCCGAGGACCUCUUUGGCGUGCACGUGGAGAUGCGCGUGCUCAAGGACCUGCUGCACCGCAAGCAGCCCAAGCUGGCAGCGCAUCUGGACGCCAUUCAGUUUGAGCCAUCGCUCGUCACCACCGAGUGGUUCCUCUGCGUCUUCGCCAAGAGCUUCCCCUCCGAGACGACUCUGCGGGUGUGGGACGUGCUGUUCAACGAGGGUGCCAAGGUCCUCUUCCGAGUGGCUCUCGCGCUCUUCAAGAUGAACGGGGCGGAGCUUCAGCAGGCGACGCACGUGGGCGAGGCAGUGGAGGUAUUGGUGCACGCCACGGCGCAGCAGUACGACCCCGAGGUGCUGCUGCAGGUGGCAUUCGACCGCCUGGGGCCCAUGCCCAUGGCCACCAUCGCCAAGCAGCGCCGUCGCCAGAAGGUCACCGUCACCGCCGCGCUGGAGCUCCGGCAGCAGCAGGUCGCAUCGUACCAAUCGUCCCGUGCUGCUGCUGCUGCCGCUGCUGCUGCUGCUGCUGCGGCUGAGGCUGAUGCUGAGGCUGCCGCUGCUGGGGCUGCUGCUGCUGGUAAUGGUGGUGAGAGCAAUGACAAGGGCAGUGCGAUUGUGAAUGGUACAAAUGGGUCUAGCAGGGAGUUGAGCAGCAGUAGUGGUGAGACAGGAGGUGGCGCAGGGGAUGGGAAUGGGGAUGCGGAUGGGGAUGGGGAUGGGGAUGGCAGCUGUAGCGGCCAAAAGGGCAUUAGCGGAAGGGGUAACAGCAGCAGCAGCGACAACAACAGCCACUUCCAUCGUCUACCCCCCAACGGCAUAAGCAGCCUUUCGUCGUCACUCUCGUACGACGCGGGCACCACCGUCGUAAGAGCCCCGUCAGCAGCAGCAGCCGUGGCCUGCUCUUCCCCCUCUCCCGGCUCAUCCCCGAGCACAUCCCCAGUGCAGGAGGGCGAGCAGCGGCAGAUGCGCAUCAGCUCAGCAUCAGCCGUGGAUCUCCACGCUCACUCCCCUCCCCGUCCUCGCACGUCCCAAACCCACACCCACUCUCGGGGCCGGCUGCAAGCCGGAGCUUUCGGGCAGCGCAGUUUCCAGGGUCAGGGACAGAGCCAGGGUCAGGGGCAGAGCCAGGUUGGCCAGCUGCAGCAGAUAGGGUCGUUUGGGAAGCUGCGGGCGGCGGCCGUGAGUGCGUCAAUGCAUAUGAGUGCAGCCAUGGUUGCUGUUGCGGAGAGAGCGUCGGUGCGGCGGCACUUGAAGAGGCACCAGCAGCGGCAGCAGGGCGGGGAGCGGGAGAUUGCCCGCACUGCAUCUCUCUAGUUGAGACUAAAGAGUGCGCUGCAGGAUAAAAUACCAUGCGUGGCUUUUUGAAGGGAUGCUCACUUGGUUCCGCUUGACUGAGUUUUUAUCCUUCGGCUCUCAAGUACUAGGAAAACCCGUUUCCUGAUGCAUGCGGCGGGUGUUAAUACCUGCUGGUAUUUGUGCUUGUGGCGAGAAAGUGGGGGGUUGCAAGCAAAUGGCUGACUCCAGGGAUCAACGUUUUCCUUGGUUCGUUCCGACUUGGUUUGGACGCGCUGGUGUAAAGACUAGCUGUCACAAGGAGGCUCACAUCUUUGUCAUGCACGGUUACUUCAUCUUAACCACCAUACCAUUU